CACACACACACACACACACGCUCCCUACAUAUUAUAAACUAUAUUUCCAACAUGUCUGACUUAAAUUCCAAGGAUUACGUGUGGAUCGCGGACAAGGCGGAAACGUUUGCCCGCGCGUGUAUUGUGCUGACGGAUGGCGACAUGGUCCGCGUGCGCAAGAUGGACUCCACAGACGAGGUGACGGUGGCUAUCGAUGCCACGGAGAAGUGUAAUCCUCCAAAUUUUGACAAAUGCGAUGAUAUGGCUGAGCUCACCCACCUCAAUGAGCCAUCGGUCGUGCACAACUUGCGUCAGCGCUACGCAGAUGACUUGAUCUACACUUACUCCGGGUUGUUUUUGGUCGCCGUCAACCCAUAUGCACCACUCGCAAUCUAUGACGAAAACUAUGUGUCCAUGUACCAUGACGGUGACCUCAAGGCGUUGAAGCCACACAUCUUUGCCAUCACCGAACGCACGUACCAGAAUGUGCGCGCAAAGCGCAAGAACCAGAGUAUCCUUGUGACGGGAGAGUCGGGUGCGGGGAAAACGGAAAACACCAAGAAAAUCAUCCAGUACCUUUCGUCUAUCACGCAUCAAGCCAAAAGUAGCAACAUUGAAGAGAAGAUUCUCCAGGCGAACCCCAUUUUAGAAAGCUUCGGGAACGCGCAGACCAUCCGCAACCACAACUCCUCGCGGUUCGGGAAGUUUAUACGUAUCGAGUUCGCAAGUGGCCAGAUUGUCGGCGCCAACAUCGACUGGUACUUGUUGGAAAAGUCACGCGUGCUCAAACAGACAGCCAAAGAGCGCAACUUCCACAUCUUUUACCAAUUCCUCAGCGGGUUGCCCAAGAACAAACGAGCCGAGCUCGGUUUGGACGGUAAAGGCGUGCGCGACUUUGCGUACUUGCGUGAUUCUAACCCCACCAUCCCCCACAUCGACGACAGGGCUGAGUUCGGCCAGUUGCUUACAUCUUUCCGCAUUAUGGGCUUCAACGACGCUGAGAUUCACGCCAUUUUCCGCACCUUGGCACUCAUCUUGCACUUGGGUAACAUCGACUUCAUGUCCAUGAAGGCAGAUCAGGCACAGUUUGCGCGCGGUGCGCCCGUGGAUCGUGUUGCUGAAAUGGCCGGCUUCCCCGCAGACGCGUUCACCACGGCAGUCUUGCGCCCCAAAGUCAAGGCAGGCAAGGAAUUUGUUACACAGUCGCGUACGCCGUUCCAGGCCCGUGCCACCAUCGAUGCCGUCGCCAAGAUGUUGUACGAGCGCAUCUUUCGCUUCAUUGUGGACAAGAUAAACGAGGAACUUGUACUAGACGAAACCAGAGCCACUGGUGAGUCCAACUUUAUCGGUGUCUUGGACAUUGCCGGCUUCGAAAUCUUCACUAAAAACUCGUUUGAGCAGUUGUGCAUUAACUACACCAACGAGCGCCUCCAGCAAUUUUUCAACCAUCAUAUGUUUAUUUUGGAGCAGAACGAGUAUCUCAAGGAGAACAUCAACUGGAAGUUCAUCGACUUCGGCAAUGACCUCCAGCCCACCAUUGACUUGAUCGACGCGCGCGGUAAGCAGCACGGCGUGAUGGCAUUGUUGGAUGAGGAAUGCAUCGUGCCGCGCGCCACGGAUCGUUCAUUUUUGGAAAAGCUCGUGAAGAACUGGGGGGAGCCAAAGAACGCGGGAAAGACCCUAACCGGGAAAUUCUCACAAAACAAGUUCAAAACUGGGUUCAUUAUCCACCACUACGCCGGAAAAGUCGACUAUGACGUGGACCAGUGGUUAGAGAAGAACAAAGACCCAGUGAGCGAAGCCAUCAUGUCGCUUUUGGGCAACUCCACUGACCCGUUCCUUGCAGCGCUCUUUCCCGCCACCCCAUCACUCUCCGGCAAGCGCAACAACAUGUUGCGCACCGUUGGGACCAAGCACAAGGAGCAGCUCGCGGAUUUGAUGGAUCAGUUGUCCAGCACCACGCCGCACUUUGUGCGCUGCAUCUUGCCUAACAACAUGAAACUGCCGAAGAAGUUUGACAAGCAGCUUGUACUCGACCAGCUCCGCUGCAAUGGUGUGUUGGAGGGAAUUCGUAUUGCUCGCUCUGGAUACCCCAAUCGUAUCUUUUUCAAGGACUUUCUUCCGCGCUACAGCAUCUUCCGGCUGCGAGCUCGUAUUGAAUAA